UCAUACUUGCUAUUCUUCUCCCUCUUUUGCUUGCGCGGCUGGGCGUAGUUUAAGCGGAGAGGGUGUGCAGGAUUAAAGGGUCACCAUUGUUUCCAACAUGAUGCUUAAUAACAAGUUUUUGUUCUUAUCAGCUUUGUUUUGCAUUGCUGUAGCUGGCGCUUUAGGCCAAGCUCCUCCUACUCCUAGUAAUCCUCCGACAUCCACGCCGGUGCCGCCGACCCCACCCGCUUCCACACCUCCGCCUACUACUCAACCACCUCCAACACCCACAACUACUUCUCCGCCACCAGCUUCCACUCCUCCUCCUACAUCAUCACCACCUCCAGUGACAGCUUCUCCACCACCAGUUUCCACUCCUCCUCCAGCGACUCCCCCGCCCGUUAGCUCCCCACCACCAGCUUCUCCUCCACCGGCUACUCCUCCCCCAGCUACCCCACCUCCCGCAACUCCCCCACCGGCUUCUCCACCUCAGGCUACCCCACCACCUGCUUCUCCCCCUCCUGCUACUCCUCCUCCAGCUACCCCACCACCAGCUCCUUUGGCUUCUCCUCCUGCCACGGUUCCAGCUCCGGCCCCUAGCAAGACCAAAGCUAAGUCUCCAGCGCUAUCACCUUCGGCCUCCAGCCCACCGUCCCCAUCAACUGAGGCCCCUACUCCCAGCCUCGGCGCUUCUUCACCAGGCCCUGCUGGAACCGAUACGAGUGGAGUAGAGAAAACAUGGUCCAUAAGAAAGAUGGUGUGGAGCUUGGUGAUUGGAUGGGGUGUCCUCACUUUAAUGCUUUAAACCAAGAAGUCUUUUCUCCACCAUUUGCGUCUUUAGCUAUGGUUUUUGUUUUCAGUGUUUUAAUUUCCAUUAUAUAUUGUUACUGGCUUAAGUCUCUUUGAUGGGGCUUUUUACUAUGCAUAUUUCAGCUUACAUUUAUUUAUAUAUAUUUGUAUUCUUUGGGAGAUUUUUUUUGAGGGGAGCUUUUAUAUUUUUCAUUUGUAUUGGAGGGAGUUUUAUUGUUUCUUUUUGUAUGGGAUUUUAUGUUGGUGGCUGCCUA